AUGGCUACAGCAAGUUAUGGAUACUACAGAGGCACUAUAUUUCUGGCCAUGUUUGUUGGCUACACACUGUACUCUUUUAACAGAAAGACUUUCUCCUUUAUGAUGCCAUCAGUGAUGACAGAAAUUGAGUUGGAUAAGGAUGACUUGGGUAUGAAACACUUCAUUUCUUGAAGAUAUUUGUCUAUCAUUUUUUACACAGUAGUGUGCAAUACAGAAAACAUUGCUGUAAACUGGAGAUAUUUACGAUCAGAAAAUUGUGUUUCAUACCUAAAGAGCUCAGACAAAAUAUACCUCCUGUCCUCUCUCUGUUCAGGCAUGAUCACCAGCAGCCAGUCGUUGGCCUACGCCAUAAGUAAGUUCAUCAGUGGCGUGCUUUCAGAUCAGCUAAGCGCCAAAUGGCUCUUCUCCAUUGGUCUGUUCAUGGUGGGUUGCAUCAACGUGAUAUUUUCUUGGUCAUCCACUGUUGCGGUCUUCUCUGCCCUGUGGUUCCUCAAUGGCCUGGGUCAGGGCCUUGGCUGGCCUCCCUGUGGCAGGGUGCUGCGCAAGGUAAGUACCCAGACCACUUGCCAGUGUGCUUCAAACUGGCUUUGGAAUAAAGACUUUUCUCUGUUUUUUAAGAAAUGAUAGAAUGGCACCAUAAUCCAGUACAUUAUUUACCAGAACAUUGAGGGGGCAGGAUUUGUUUGAAAAUCAAGUAUUUAUAUGCAAACUACAUAACUCCAGGAGUUAACAUUUGAACAUGUCUCUGGGCUCUCCUGAAAUUUUUGUUUACCUUAAAUCACAUCACAUACCAUGUAACUAACAAAAGCUCUUGAUUUGGGGACCCAUAUCUAUCCCUUUUAUUUCAUCCAAUUUAAGAAAAUUCAUUUAAGAUUUCUUCACAUUUUCAAACUCUUUAGUCCUUCCUCUGGUAAUAUAAAUCGCUCUCUCCAAUGCAACUCAUGCUGCAAUUUCUUUUAUCCACACAUUUAGCAAAAGUAUGUCACUUUUUUUUUCCCCACCAUAAGGCUGUCAUUCCCUGAGCCUGUAGGAGUCCAAGUCAAUCAAGUUUGAUAUCUUUGCUAUCUUAUCUUUGCUUGAUACGGUACUCAAACAUUGGUACACCAACAAUCUUACACAACAGAGUGUAAACAACUGUUUUCCAAUAUUGCUGUGGUUUUAACCACAAUCCAAUACACAAUGAUAAAAGAGACAUUUUUUUCCUCUGAACAUUUAAUGCUAGUGUCUGGAGUGCCAGGGGACCAUCUAUUUAGUCUAUCAGUUCUCAUCAACCAUUUAUACUGUAAAAGCUUCAUUCUUGUAUUAUCAGAUUAUUUUUGAACUUUCAAACGUGCAACAUCCCACUCCCACUUGCUCACUUCCACAUUUGGAGGCAUCAUUAUUACACACUUUUAAUCUAGAAUUGAUUGACUGUAAAAAAAUAUAUAUGAACUGUAUAUACGUGCAGUAUGUGUUUUUAUUCCCACACUAUAUAUUACCCUCACUCUCAGCUCUUUCACAUUGUCAUGUAAAGGUAUCCUCUUCUCUCCUCUUCAGUGGUUUGAGCCAUCUGCGUUUGGAACAUACUGGGCAAUUCUUUCCUGUAGCAUGAAUCUAGCGGGCAGCUUGGGCCCAAUCGUUGCCACAGUGCUGACCCAGAGUUACAGUUGGAGGACGAUACUAUCCAUAUCUGGAAUGAUUUGUGUGGCUUUCUCAAUCGUCUGCCUGCUUCUGAUCAAGAAUGAGCCCAAGGAUGUGGGGCUGCCCAAUCUAGAGGUAGCAGCAAUAAAGAAGGGCAAAGGAGGUGAGACUGAAUUCCACAGGGUGUUAGUUUAAUUGUCAGUCAAGUGCUCGCUUUCUCUGAUAGUGCCUGAUUAAGCUAUAGCUAGGGUAUUUUUUCAAACAUAGGUUAAUUAACACCAUGAAGGCCUUGCAGAUGUCUGUGCAUCCAAAUAAAGAUGGGACAUUGUGUAUUGAGUUAACAACAAUGGGUUUUCCAGUGGGUUUUUACAGAAUGAUGUUGUUUUUUAAUGCAGGGAUCAAACAGACAUUCAGUGUUGGUCUCAGCCCUGCCACUAAAAUGCACAGAUUUCUCUAGAUGCCAAAUCUUUAACAAUAUUAUGGCCUGUAGACGAUGAAAGCUCAAAAUUUCUUUUAAAUGUAGGUUAAGAAACAUUGUUCUUAAACUGCUGUACAAUUUGCUCAUGCAGUUAUUCACAGUUUUGAACAUCACCUCAUCAGUUUGAUGACCUUUGUAUCUUGUCCUUGCAGUGCAUUUAAUUCAAUAUAAAUUGAGACGUAUUUGCAAAUCAUUGUAUUUGUUUUUUGUCAAUGAUUUACACAGCAUUCCAACUUUAGUAGAAGUGAGGUUUGUAUCACUUAUGUAAACUGCUGUAGUUAGCUUGUACACAAGCUUUGUGUAAAGGUUACGUGCAGGAGGAUGAGAUCCCUCCUACCCCUAUCUUGGUCUUGUUAUCCACCGUGUCCUGCUGAUGAUAGCAUUCAGAUACAUGCAAAAUAUGGCACCACACUGGAUUGACAAUUAACACUGGGUCUGAUGCUUGCAUCCUGUUCAGAAUCCGUCCGUGAUGAGAGCACCUUGUCAGAAUUCCUCCUGUCACCCUACCUGUGGCUGCUAUCUGUCUCUUAUUUGGUGAUGUUUGGGGUCAGAACGGCCCACACCGACUGGGGUCAGCUGUUCCUCAUUCAAGACAAGGGCCAUUCUACACUCACAGGUAUAGAAGAAGAAACCAUCAUUUCUCUUGAGAGAGUUCAUUGGAUAGUUGGUUAAUAUUCCCUGUGAUCACUGUAUCUGUCUUUCUAGGUAGCUCAUACAUGAGUGCCCUGGAGGUUGGAGGCUUGUUGGGCAGUCUUGCUGCAGGGUACAUUUCUGAUAAGGCUGUGGCAACAGUAAGUUACUCAUGGAACACACUUGUACGAUGAGCAUUUUUCAAGUUAAGUCAAAGCUGUUUCUGUGUCAACACAACAGUAACUAAGAUCAUACAUACAGUAUAUUACAGCAAAUGAAGGUUGGUAUGCUCACUGUCCUUUAACACUAGAACCACCAACAUUCCAAUUCCCAUAGGACUGCCGAGGGGGGUCAUUUUGACCCCCUAGCUCUAAAAACGUCAAUGAUGCUACAGUGUCUUUGCUAGAAGGUGCCAGGUGACUUACUGUCAUCUAUUUUUAAAAUAAUAAUGGAAACUUGAAAAAACAGGUGUUAGAAAUGUACAUUUUUGUGUUUUUUUGAAAGCAAAUAAAUAAUUAUUUUGAUCAAAAAGGUAAAACACAUUUUCAAAUUCAACUGCAGUAAUUGUUCAACAAAUAGCGUAAUGAUCAAAAUAUAUAUUUACAAUAACAAAAUAACAGAUUUUGCUGUAAUAAUAAUGAUAAUAAUAACUAGCGCCCCACGAGGCACCAACAGGCCUGAGCCGUAUCGCACCACCGCCUCUGUGGACUGCCUCUCAUGGCAACCAGGACAGUUGUGAUGGCUGGUGCUUGUGACUGCCUUUGAGUGAUGGUCAUAUUCGUAGCAUAGCAUGAUAAGAAGUCAUAGUGUAAUAUGAUAACAACUUCAAAUUUUAGUAUGAAAAAUGUCAUAGUAUAGUCUGAUGAAAAUGUCAUAAUGUAGUCUGAUAAAUAUAUCAUAGAAUAGUAUGAUAAAAAUAUCAUAGUAUUCUAUGAUACAAAUGUCAUAGUAUAGCCUGAUAAAAAUAUCAUGGUAUAGUAUAAUAAAAAAAAAUUUGUAUAUUUAGUAUAAAAAAAUUAAAGAAUAGUAUUUAAUAAAAAUAACAUACUAUACUAUUACUUUUUUCAUACUUAAAUUUGACAAUUUUGUUUUACUGUACUAUGACAUUUUCUUUAUACAAAAAUGUGAAUUUAUUUUAUUCUCUGUGACAUUUUUAUCAUACUAUCCUAUGAUAUAUUUAUCAUACAAUGCUAUGAACUUUUUUCAUACUAAAAUGUCAUAGAAGACUAUGACAUUUUUAGCAAUCAAUACCAAGAUUCUUUUUCUACAACUUUUUCAUCAUACUAUGCUUUGCCAGGAAUCAAACCUAAGACCUCCUUAUUGUGAGGCAACUUUGCUAAUCAUUACAAGAUUGUGCCGGCCAUCACACAGUAGAUCUUUUUAUCAUUCUUUACUUGGAUUUUAUUUAACAUUCUAUAAUAUGUUUGGACUGCCCCAUUAAUGAGCCCGUAGAGUAACAUAAUUUUGCAGUAUACUCAAAAAGGUCAGAAGACUGCCUAUAAUAAGCAAACUGAUCUUUUCUGAACUAUUUAACGUAUUCUCUUUUGUUGUGCAGCAAGGCGUAAGGAUCUAUGGCAAUCCUCGUCACUUUAUCCUGCUGUGCAUGAUGGCUGGAAAGUGUGUGUCCAUGUACCUUUUCCGAGUCACAGUAACUUCAGAUAGCUCAACGGUAUUUUCUUCCACACAAGCAACCUACUGAAAUACAAUAAUUACCAAGAUAUUCUUGAAAUGAUUACAGUGCACGUUGGACUUAAUCAUUUUCAUGUAUGUUUGUCCAACAAGGUAUGGAUACUCAGCCUGGGUGCGGCCUUUGGCUUCUCCUCCUAUGGGCCCAUAGCAUUGUUUGGACUUAUAGCCAAUGAGAGUGCGCCAUCCAACUACUGUGGGACAUCUCAUGCUAUUGCCGCUCUGAUGGCUAACGGUAAGAUUGCUGUUUUUUCUAUAAUUAAUAUAAAUAUCUAUAAUUAGAAAUAGUCAAAGCUUAACAAAAUACUGUUUAAUUGGUUUUAUGUAUUUAUAUAUUAUACUAUACAAUACCCUUAGGCUAUACAAAAAUAACACUUUUUAUAUCACCAAUUCUAUGGAAUAACCCCAUCUUUCUGUGACGUCCUCAGUUGGAGGCUUCCUAUCUGGACUGCCAUUCAGCAUGAUCGCCAAGCACCAUGGCUGGGAAAUGGCCUUCUGGGUAGCAGAGAUAGCAUGUGGGGCUGCCACAAUUGGAUUUUUCUUGCUCCGCAACAUCAAAACAAAAAUGGGUCAUGUGUCAAAAAAGGCAGAAUAA